GAUAAAAUGAUAAUAGCGAAACGUGUCCUAUUUCUCAUCCAAAUAAAAUAUAAAAAUUUGGUUUUUUAUUGCUGUGUUGCGGAGUCGCGCCAUUGCUGCAAACUGCAUACUCUACAGUGUAAUCUCAUCAAAUGAGUAUUUGAUCUGAAAAACCACCAGGACUUCUCGCUUUAUAAUGUGUGGAUGUUAGAUUUUGCUUGUCAUAAAUCUCGAAGAGCUUUCCAUUUGGAGGAAAUACAGGUUUCAGGCAAUCAGUUCUUAAUACAGAUUCAUGCAAAGACUAAGCAUUCUUGAUUGGCAGUGUAACUUGAGUUUUCGAAGCAUAAAUCUACUAGAUGGUGAGUCAGCCCAUACAUUGCUUCACUCGUUUUCCUGUAGAAGAAGCAGUGAAUCAUAUCAUCCAAAGACAAGACUUUAUUCAAAACUUAGACAUGCAGAUCCGAAUGUCACUCUUCAAAGUCUAAUGCGUCAGUGCUCAGAAAUUCAGAGCAUGGUUCAUGACAACAUUGAUGAACUACUUGUCGAAGAGGACGAGGUAUGUCCUGUUGAAUGUGUAAGAGAAUUCAAGACUGAUGAGGAAUUCUCCACAAUACUGGAAAAAGCGAAAAAGGCUGGUUCUUUGGUUGUGGUAGACUUCUAUCGCACUGCCUGUGGCAGCUGCAAGUACAUAGAGCAAGGGUUUCAAAAAUUAUGCAGGGGAGCUGGUGAUGAACAAGCACCAGUUAUAUUCUUAAAACACAAUGUGAUCGAUGAAUAUGAUGAACAAUCUGAGGUUGCUGAACGACUGCGAAUCAAGACAGUACCCCUUUUUCACUUUUAUAAAAAUGGAGUCUUAUUGGAAGCUUUUCCCACCAGAGACAAAGAAAGGAUACUUGCAGCUAUUCUUAAAUACUCUGCUCCAGCUUCGGCGGAUGCUUGAAUUGGUCUGGUUUGCACUUGCUUCGACAUAAUGUUAGUGCUUCUGUAUAAUCAUUCUUGGUGCUCAGCACACAUUGAAACAAUUUCUUCCUUACCACAUCUGUUUAAUAAUAUCUUUGAAUUUGUUGUUCUACUUAAAUAAGGAUCCAUACUGGAUACUCUUGCAUAUUGAUAGUCCUUUAUUUAUAUAUAUUGUGUAUCCGA